AUGUGCACGCUUGACCCGGAUGCACCGGGGGUUGGAAAGCAGACGAUGCUUGAUUGGCUGCGUAUUAACCAUCCAAUGGAGACGAUACGUACUGGAUUAAACAAAGGCGAGAUAGCCCAGAUAGUACGGAGAGUGCAGCCUGAGACCAACCACAUCCAGCAUCAUGUCUCCACCACUACCAGCCUACCAGAGCCGAGUGAUCUCAAACCGACCAAAGCAGGCAUCCGAAUAAGCAAGAAAAAUCGGCACGAGACUCAUAUUUCAUCAAGUUCUACAGUUUGCUCUGCAUCAAUUCAACAGCCUUUGACCGACCCACAGCUUGCCUCGAAAAGAAAACUUGAAAUCGUUCCCGGGGGGAAAGUUCACUUAGGAAAGCGAUCGGUGUCAGGUGAGACCAACCGUCAAUCAAAAAAGAGGGUUCUAUCAGGCACUCAAAGUGUUGUAAAUAGCACCGAUGACUCUGACUCCACUCCAAAUGUGAAAUUGGAAACAACUUCAGACAGUUCUGAAGCUCGUCAUAAGCAGUCAAAAUCGGAUCCAAGCGAUUUGUCCCCCAGUCCCAAAUACGGACAAUCUUACAUCAAUCCAGCCAUCUUGCCCUCUCACAAGAAAAAACUUCAAACUCCUCCAAAUUCUGCACGUGGAUCCUCUGAACUUCAAUCAAAUACUCUCAUCGACUUGGGUGCAGACAACAAUGACAUUUUGGAGGGCGGGACAACAACUCAGCCAAGAGACUUGAUGGAGUUUGCUGACCGCGAUUGGUUUGAGACCGAAAAUACAACGGUUGGACAAGACGUACCUCCGAUUACAAACAAUGGCCCAAUUGUUUCUGGCGUGGAUGUUUUUCUGAAAGAAAGAGAACAUGGACAAAAAGUCGCGUAUCUCAACAACGUCAUAGAGAGUCUCAAAUCCCAGGUUGACACGAGUGAACAGUCCAGGCUUGAUGAUGUAGCUAGCAUACAACACAAACAAAACAAACAAGAUGACACAAUCCACAGACUUCAACGUUCGGUGGGGUUCCUCGAGGAAAAGGUUGAGAUGUUUGAUGGACUCAAGGAGCAGUUGAAUAGUCUAGAAACUGAAGUGAAAGAAUUGCGGAAGUCAUUAGGGGAAGCUGUCACUGAACUCGGAGCCCAGGAGGAGAUAAUCACGAAAUUAAUACAUAUGCAGGAGGAAGAUGGGGAUGAAGAUGACUCCCAAGAAUAUGACUCCCAAGAAGAUGAUUCAAAUUCACUUUGA